AUGCGUAUUAUGAUAUACAUUAUGCAAAAAAAGCAACCGUUAGACCCAUCUGGUUCACAAUUUGUCCGAUAUAAUAAACUGUCGGCUUUUGUUGAUGGUUCAGAACCACCAUUACGUAUUUCGAAACCAAAUCUGUUAUUAUUUGUUGUUGUAAAUUUAUCAAUAUGUGAAAACGAUCGUAUGCAUUUUGUUAAUAUAGUUGAUGCUCUUAGAAAAAAAUUUCUUGGUGAAUCUGAUAUAUUAGGAGCAAAUAGCCAAGGUGAUGAUCUACCAAUUGAUAUAAGAAAAGAUCGUCCAAAAGAUUAUUAUCUUGUAACAACAACAAUGUAA